AGUGUGCAUAGUAUAAAAUUAAAUAACUAAAACAACAGCAACAAAUGCGAGUGGCAACAAAGAUGUUAUAUAUGAAUAUACAUAUAUAGAUAUUCCGAGUUCCGAUGAGAUGUGUGCUAAUAUAUAGACGCUGGGACUCUUCAGUCCGCCCGAAGACAAUGUUCCGCCAGACAAUGUUUGGACAACCCAUAAAUAAUGCGAGCGGGCAGCGGCCCACACAGAACCGCUUGAUAUUUCAUAAUAUCAGCGUAUUAUUAUUAUUAUUAUUAUUUUUAUUUGACGUUAUUAUUUACUAGAGGGCUGCCGCUGCUGCUCUGGCUCUUAUUUACCGUUGUCCAAAUUGCAAAAUUGCUGUUGAUUCGCGCGCGCGAUUCCAUUUCCCUGCUACGUACUACUCUGCGUAUGAGCAAUCCGGGAAAUGCAACGAAAAUAAGUAAAUUAUGUGCACCCUCACCUGACCACGUGUCGAAUGCCGUUAAGGGAAAGCGUAUCGUAUAUAUUCCGUAGAGACAGCCGUAGAGACGCUCGUAAAAUCAGACAGCAUUUUAUGUGUCAGUUUCCGUUUAGUGCGCUUCUAGCUGUAAAUUUUGUUCCAAACGUAAAAAAAAUUUAAAUAAAAAAUAAAAUAAAAUAAAAAACAGAAAAGAAAAGAAAACCGAGGAAAAACAAACGAGAAACGUGCGACGGAUUUCCGCGCCAAGACAGACACACCAGCAAAACAACAAAAAGCUCCAGCAACAGGAAACGGGCUAGGAAGUCGCCAUCAGCCCUGCCAAUUGUGCAGCAGGACGCGUGCUGCAGGAUUGGCUGCGCCUGAGUCUGCCACAGCAGUAGCAGUAACACCAGCGGCAACACCAGCAGCAGCAGCAGCAGAAACAACUUGUUUUGUCUAUCCAUAAGUUCCUUUGUGCAUCAUGCACGACUCCGGCAAACCGUCCCCCACCACCGCAACCCACACCACCAGCCCCACCAUCCCGCCCAAACAGCAGGCAACGACGCCCCAGUCGCCGGCAGCGGCGGCGGCGGUCAGCGGACUGGAUCCAGCGGACGAUGAAGAUGAGACCGACGUGAUCGGUGACCUGAUGGGUCACUAUGGCAAGUGGCAGCUACUGAUGACAGUGCUGCUGUCGCUCUUCCAGGUGCCAAACACCUUCCACAUAUCCUCGUCCAUCUAUCAGGCGGCCAAUAAGGACUUUUGGUGCCAGCGUCCGGCGCAAUUCCAGCAAAUGCCAGUGGCCACUUGGAGGAAUCUAAGCGGCUCCGUCGACAACUGCCAGCGAUGGGAUGGCAUCGACUGGAGUCAAGUGAGCAAUGAAAGUAUGCUGCCAUCAGACUGGACGAAACCACCUGAUGGGGAUAGAAAGAUGGUGGCAUGCGAGAAAUGGGAGUAUGAGACAAACGACAAUGUGGGGAACACCUGGACGUCUCAGUGGGAUCUGGUAUGCGAGAAAGAGCACCUAAAGAACGUGGCCGAGAUGUUCUUUCUGCUGGGCGUGGCAACAGGUGGUAUUAUCUCCGGCUAUUUAUCGGACAAGUUCGGGCGCAAGACAAUGCUCUUCAUAUCGGCCGUGCUGCAGACCAUAUUCGGUCUCUGGCUCUACAUCUGUAGCUCCUUUGAGCUUUAUCUGACACUUCGCGCUCUGCUUGGCUUAGUAUCUGUAUCAGUCACCUACUCCGGCCUGAUUCUGGCCAUCGAGUAUGUGGAUGGCAAGUGGAGAACCAUCGCCGGGAUGUACAACCUGUUUCCACUGCCAAUUUCUUAUAUGAUCAUCUCGGGCCUGGCCUAUCUCACUCAGGACUACCAACGCCUGCAGCUGUCCAUCGGAAUUCCGGGGAUCUUCCUAUGUUUCCUCUGGUUUGUGGUGCCGGAAUCGCCUCGCUGGCUGCUGGUCAAAGGUCGAAUUGAUGAAGUUCGUCGCAUUAUCGAGGCGGCCGCCAAGUUCAAUGGUCGCCAGCUGCCCGCUGAUUAUCAGUUGACGCCGCCAACGCAGGAGAGCAGUACGCAGGAUGUUACCUACCUGUUCCGCUCCAGCUACCUGCGACGCAUCUCCAUUUGCUUCUUUUGCAUCUGGUUCACCAUGAAUCUGGUCUACUAUGGCAUUAUACUCAACAUGAGCUCCUUUGGCGGCAAUGUUUACUUGAAUUCGGCGCUAGCUGGCCUAGUCGAAAUACCCGCCAUCGCCGUGGCCAUGUACAUCAUUACCAAGGUGGGCAAGAAAUGGCUCUUCUGCGCCACUUUGAUCUGUGCCGGCGUCGCCUGCUGCUGUGCGGCGAUCACCGAGGGGCAUGCGGAUCUCCUUUGGCUAAAGAUCACAUUCCUGAUGAUGGGCAAGUUCACCAUUAGUGCGGGCAAUACCAUAAUGCCGGUAUAUACGGCGGAACUCUAUCCCACGCCCAUACGCAAUGUGGGCGUGGGUGCCUGCAAUGUGGCAGCUGGGUUGGCCUUGAUCCUUACACCUUAUCUGUCGCUGUUGAACAAAAUCGAGGGCCACCUUUUGAUGACCCUACUGACCGCCUGGAGUAUCUUUGGUGGCUUUGUAGUACUCUUCCUGCCUGAGACCGCAGUGCGUUCGAAGGUUGAAAACCAAGGUGGCACCAAUACCGCCAAUACCAGUGCCGCCAAGCAGGUGUAAUGACCGCUAAUGCCACUCCGAACCACUGCUCAGCCCGCAAGGAACAAAGUAUUUUGGCUGGUCCAAAGUAUAACGAUUAGAAGUCAGCGUAGCCAAUGCAGAUGCUGUCUUUUUUGUGCCCCCACUUAACCCCAUAAACCUGCCACGCGCCCUCCCCUCGACAUAUCCACCGCCUGAAGCCACCUUAAAUUUAUGGUAACUAUCCGAUAUGAUAAAUGUCCAAGAGUAAUGCCAAUUCGCUAGAGAAUGUCACAUGUCAGGCAGGACCUUGUUUGCUUAGCACGUAGUGAGUAUGUAUCUUAACAAUUAACUAACAACAAUGGCUUGUAGCUUAUGUCAUAGUCUAAGUACUGAAAACACACAAACAAACAAAAUACACAAAACACAACCAGAAAACACUCGAAGUAGCUUAAGUUCUUCGGUUCCCAUCGAAGGUAAUAAACUUGACCCAAUCUUAGGGAGGAUUUGCAAUGGGAGUUUAUAUAUUUAGUUUAUUGAUAUACUUAACUCUUUUCUUAGUGCUUUGAAAGAUUGCAAUCGUUAUUAAUAAUCAAUUUUACUCUGUUUAUUUUCUAAAUUGACUUAAACAAUUGGCACCUCCCUAGGCAAAGUUUAUUAAAUACAAAUUUUUGAAACUACCCAGUAAAUUAAACCGAUUACCAAGCGCUACAGUAAGUGUAUUGGUUAUUUAACUACAAAACGAAUCAAAAGUUCACACAAUUACAAAUCAAGGAAAAACACAAAUUAUAAUGUUGUCAAUAUGUCUUGUCAAUAUCUCAACGUAUGCAUAAUCUCGUCGUCGUCGUCGUCGUCUUCUUGUUGUCUAUUAAUAAAUGUUUUCCAAAAUACGAGAUCAAUUAGCCACAGCAGCUAAAUCUUCCAGGGAAAUGAGAAUGGCAGAUUUAAGCGACAAAUUGUAAUCUCUAGUAAUUGUAGUCAAUUAAUCCUUAGUCUAACCCCCAAAAAAACGUAUAUACAAAAAAAGAAAAAGAAAGAUCAGCAGCCUCUAAGUAAUCGGUCAAUUAUGGAUUUGUAUAUAUUCGUAUGUCUGUUUGUGAGCAUACAAGGAGUUUUAUUGUUUUUUGGAGAAAUCAAAGAAUAUAUAUAUAUAUAUAUAUAUGAACAAAAAAUAAAAUCAAUUUCCAAUAUAAUGCAUUUAACAAUGUAUACAAUUAUGUGUAUAUGGAUAUGUGUGCGUUUGUGUAUGUAUAUGUAGUAAAAAAAAACAAAAACAAAAACAAAUGAUAAAAAUCAAUCAAAUUAGAAAAUGCAAACCUGUUGAAUUACUUGUUGUACUUACCUACCCAAGUUGUUAUUUGCUCAUUUUUUUUGAUUUUGUAUUUUAUUUUUGCAUAAUUUUAUUAUAUUUUUACAUCAAUUUUUGUUGCCUACUGUACUUACCCGCUAAGAUCGAAACAGCUUUGUUAUGUAUUUGUCAUAAGUAAGAGAUUUUUUUAAGCUUCAAAUAAACGGUAUACCCGAAUCUAAAA